CAAAAAAAUAAUUGACAAAUGCAACUAGAUAAAGAAAUCUAGAAAAAUUGGCUUAGAGUAGAUCCACUUGAAAAUCCAAUUUUGAAAGAUCCUCCAAAACAUUAGCCUGAGAAGUUUAAUGAAUAUGUCGAAUUAAAAGUUGAAGAAAAUGUAGUAGGAUUUUUGGUGGGUUAAUAAUCAUAUUUUUUCAAUGAAGACGGAGGAUGGAGAGAUGAGAAUGGUUGUUAUUAUGAUAAGGAUGGACAACCAGAUGGAUGGUUUGUUUUACACCCAGGCAAUGAUAAUCAUGAACAUUAUUAUGAUCAAGAUGGCAUGUAUGUACCAUCAGAAGUUGAGAAUGAUAAGAAUUCUAUCGAUAAUAUUUAAGAUAAUGAGGAAGAUUCACAUUAAUCAGAUGAAGAUGAUAUCUAAAAUUAUGAACAAUCCUGAAAAACCAAUUAAAUUGAUUUUCAAAAAUAUAGGAAGCAUAAAUAAUAUAUUAUAUAAAAAAUAUUGAUUUUUAUC